ACACGUUAAAGGGCGUCCCUGAGAGUCCUCCCGCUUCAUGGACCUGGCAGCUGCCACGUACACGGGUGGUCUUCUUUCUAUUGACACAGUCUACCUUGAGGAAAAGAAAAAGGCAGAGAUCAUGAUGCCCCACUGCCUGAGAGAUUUUUUUGAGGACUCAGUGACCUUUGAUGAUGUGGCCGUGGACUUCACCCAAGAGGAGUGGGUUAUAAUGGAUCAAACUCAGAGAGACCUCUACAGAGAGGUGAUGCUGGAGAACUAUCAGAACCUAUUUUCAGCAGGAUGUGAGAUGAUCAAACCCAGUCUGAUAUCCUGGUUAGAGGAAGAUUUACAGACAGUGCAAAGAGAAGAUUUCCAGGAAUGGGAAAUGCAAGACCCUUGAAGGGAACAAACUUCCAAUGUGGUGCAAAUGAUCUACUUCACAGACUGACCACACAGUAAGAUUGCACUGCUGAGUUGAGCAACAAUGAGACUGAUGAUAAGCCUUCUUUGGGAUUUGUCCUUCUGUUACUAUACCGCGUGGAAACAGACACUUGGAAUUUAAUCACAAUGAACAUAGCUGACAUGCUUUGCUGUGUUGCAAACCAUCUCUAGCAAUUCCUGGAUGUGGCCCAUGGGUGUGGAUGCCAAGGUCAGCACUAGCAGGUUUCAGUCUUAGUGAUCCAAAUUUGUGUAUUUCUGAUGCUUGAACAGCUUUGGGUUUUGUCCUAUAAGGCCAUCAUUAGGGCUUUGCUACCCAAUGGCUCUUUCUGUGGCUCAUAUUCUAGCCAGAGUAGCAGUGAUCUAAUACAAGCUCAUCAAUAAACCCCAAAUGGAAGAGA